AGUGUGACUUUCCUAAAAAGUCAGUAGAGCUGUAACAUUGAAACUAAAAACAAAACCACAUUCUAAUUGGAGGCAUCCCAAUACGUCUCACACCGGAAUGGAUCCACCGGAGUAUACUUUGUCUGCGGACGAUCUUGCAGAAGUUCGCGAAGCAUUCACUCUCUGUGAUCCUCAAAAGACUGGCAGAAUCAACCCAGAAGACUUGGGAACUGUAAUGCGCGCUCUCGGGCAAAACCACACAGAGUCUGAAAUUUACAGAUAUUCCGAAGGACUUGAAGGCGAUAUCUUUGGUUAUAUAACCAUAGAGAAUUUUAUCGAAUUGAUGACCAAAAUCUAUAAAAUUAUGGAUCAUACUGAACACUUGAAGGCAGCAUACAGUGCUUUCGAUUACGAUAAAGAUGGGUUUAUAUCACAUGGCAAGCUGCGCAACGUUUUUACCAAUCUUGGAGAAAAAAUAACUGACGAAGAGUUUAAUGAUGUGUUUCGACAGGUUGAUAUCGAUGGAGAUGGAGUCAUUUCCUGGAAGGAUUUUUACUCCGCCUAUAAAUCCUAGUCUUCGGUUCAAUUUACCGUGGCCUUCCGUCUUAGUUUUUCCGCAAAAUUAAACAAAGUUGUACAUUGAGUAAAAAAUAAACUUAUAUACAAAUCAAUAACUGUAA